ACGUGGCGUGAAUCCAGUCUCCAUGUCUCUUCUGGGCUAUCCCGAGCUUUGCAGUGCUCCAUCCUACAGAACCCAUUGCUACCUCCCAGUGACUCCUGUUUCUUUUUGCUCCAGCGAUGUAAGCACUACCUUUGGACACUACUUACCCAGUAGCUGCCAAAGCAAUCUGUGGCUCCUGGAUGGCUGCCAGGAAUCCUCCUGUGAAACACACAGCGCCGAACCUCCCAGCCUUGAGCCUAAGUCCGGCACCGCGUGUCCUGCCUCCAGGAACUCCUGCAAUGUUCCCUCCUCGGCAGGCCAGGUCAUCAGUGCGUGUGGAACUACCCACAUCAACGCCAGCCCCAAGGGCUGCCCAGGUCCUGGAAACAAGGGGUAUGUAUCCAAUUGCCAUACGCCCACUCCAUGUGCCUCCAAAGCUUGUCAGACCCUGCGACCUUCAUCAACUUGUCAAGGGCAACGUCUUUACUUAUCCAAGAAUCUUCAGCCCCAAAGUCCCUACCGACUGAGUGGUUGGGGAUAUACAAGCUACCGAAAUGUUGGCUUCCUCCCCAAUGGCUUCUCGUCAUCAUGUUAUGCUGCCAACAGCUACCCACCUCAGAGGUAUUUUGUGAGAUAUUGCCCAUAUCGCAAUUAUGGGUCUGUGAGCUGUCGACCACUGACUUACUUGUCUAGACACUUCCGGUCUCUGAGCUGUAUACCCAGUACCUUUCCUCCUCUGAGGUACCUGUGCAGUGGUAGCAGACCCCUGAAUUGCUACUGAUCAACCUAAUCGCAUUUCCAGCAGCUAGAUAUGGCCCAGGGGGGCAGAUGCCACUAAGUGGUAGGCUCUGUAAUAUUCAGCGGAAUUGCUUAAUGCAUCUUCAGAAUGUUGUUACCUUUUGCUUCAAAUAUAACUCCCUGGCUUAUUAACCACACAGCUAUGACUGUCUGAUGGAUUUUUUUUUUCAUAUUUCUCUGCUAAUGCUUUUUGUAUUGAAGACUGAUUCUGAAAGUGUUAUUUCAAAGAUUGAUGAUGGAUGGACUCACUGAAGGGACUGCUAGUAACAUGUAGCCAUGAGGAGAUUUCUUAGUCUGUUUGCCUUUUGUCUGCCAAAGGGAGUCUCAUCUUUCUCUACUUGAUGGAGGGAGCCUGUUCAUUCCAAGGUGCAAGUUCCUCCAAAUGUUUUUGCUUUAUAUCAGUAUUUUUUUCAACCACCUAAUUAGCAUCUUCCUAGAGAAGUGAGUGCAUAACAUUAUCUUAAAACAUACUUCAGUUGAGCUGUUUCUUACUUUCCUUGCUAUUUGGUUGUAAGAAUGAGCAAUAGCCAACUGGAUUUCAGGAGCAGAAGACUUUAACAAAUCUGUUUGAAAGAAGCUUUAAAGACCAAAUUGAUGGCUUCCUGGCUAUACUGUUGUUGAUUGCACAGAAGAAAACCACGGAAGUAGCAGAAGUACAAAUACCAUUUGUUGGCGAUAAAAACUUGCAUAGACUCUUGAGGUGACUAUUGGACUAUAUUCAAAAUUCUAUAAUCCUGUCCUGAUGAAUUACUGCAUUCUGACUCUGGAAAAGUUCCUGGUAUUUAAUAAACAUUUUUUAUCUGGAAAUGAUGGGUUUAUUAAUUUUUGCUUUAUUUUAUAUUCAUUGAAGUAUAAUUUCUGUUCUGAGCAAUAUUCAUGGCAUAAUCAACAUGCUAGUUUGUUUCUGUUUGUUGUAUACAUGAAGAAAGACUGGGCAUGGUGAACCAUUUUAAUUCCAUUUCCUUCCAUGGUAGAGUUUGGGGGAGAAUAGCACUUGGAGGCUUGUCCAGGCAAUGAUUUAGCUAUAAUUUCAUCAUAAUCAAUGAGCUGGCAAGGGCACAUCUGCCUAUGAACCAGCUACUCACAAAGCUGUAAGUAGGUGUUCCAUGGUCUGAGCCUAGUGCCCCCCCCCAAUAAAAAACAAAACUGACU